AUGCUGCUGAGAUUCCAAGAGUUGCUGGUUGGGCUCUAUGGGAUGUUGCACUGGUUUCCAGCGUCUGCUCAAUCUGGUGCUGCUGAAACCACCCCCCCUGCUGCUGCUGCUGCUGCUGCUGUUGCUGCUGCUGCUGCUGCUGCUGCUGCUGCUGCUGCUGCUGCUGCUGCUGCUGCUGUGUUAAUGGCGCUUGCUGAUACCCGGGUUGCUCCUCCUGCUGUUGCUGAUUUGAAUACUCAUGCGGCUCUUGCUGCUCCGGCUGUUGGUGCUGCUGGUGCUGUUGUUGUUGUUGCUCCUGCUGCUGCUGAUGGUGCUGGUGCUGCUGCUGCUGCUGCAGCUGUUGGUGCUGCUGCUGCUGCUGCUGUUGGUGCUGCUGGUAUUGCUGUUGCUGGUGGCAAUGUUCUUCGUGGUGCUGCUGGUGCUGCCGGCUAUGAAUUGACUCAUGAUGCACUCCAAGGGACUGCCGCCCCUCCUGGGCUGGCAAAUGCUGCCGCCUCUCCUGGGCUGGCAAAUGCCGCCGGCCCACCUGGGCUGGGAAAAGCUGGCGCUGGCGCCCCUCCUGGGCUGGGAAAUGCUGCCGCCGCUCCUGCGCUCGCAAAUGCUGCCAUCCCCCCUCCUUCUGCCACGCCGCUUGCCGCUCCCCCUGCCACCCCACUUGCCGCUCCUCCUGACACGCUUGCUCCUACUCCUUCCACCACAUUCCCCUGCCCGAACAGAUCCACAACUCCCAACUCCCGCCUCCCAACUCACAGCUUCCCAACUCCCGCCUUCAUCCGCACACCGCCUGCAAGUGUCCGCCUUCCACCCACCUAA